AUGUUACUCCACACGUGUUUAUAUCUGUUAUUUCCCCUUUUUAUUGAGCGUUGUGUGGCACGGUCUAUUGAGGAAAAUGGAGAGCAAUUCCUGGAGUCUCCCAAGUAUACCAAGUAUGCAGAUUUACUGAAGUUAACCGAAAAAUUAAAAGCGACAUAUCCGGAUCUAGUGCAGUCGUACUCAAUUGGGAAGUCAGUAGAAGGAAGAGAAUUAGUCGUUUUACAAAUAAGUGAAGAUGUGAAGAACCUACACUAUGAAAGACCAUCUUUUAAGUAUGUAGCCAACAUGCAUGGUGACGAGUCAAUUGGAAGACAACUAGUGAUAUAUUUGGCGGAAUAUUUGUUGGCAAAUUAUGGCAAAGAUGAAAGAGUGACUAAGCUUGUUAAUACUACAGAUAUACAUUUGAUGCCGUCACUGAAUCCUGAUGGAUUUGAAAAUAGUGAGGAAGGGAGCUGUGAAUCAUUAAAAGAUUACAAAGGACGCAACAACGCUAAAGGUGUGGACCUUAACCGAGAUUUCCCUGAUCAAUAUGAUACUAAAAAAUCUAACGAUGACGCGUAUUUGUAUGAGAAUCGGCAGCCGGAGACACAGGCUCUAAUAAAAUGGGUGACUAGCAAGCAGUUCGUGCUGUCAGGGAACCUGCAUGGCGGCGCCGUUGUAGCGAGCUAUCCUUAUGAUGACUUGAGCGAUGGCCGUGAAUGUUGCGAAGAAUCUCGUACACCUGAUGAUAAACUAUUCAAGCACUUCGCCAAGACAUACGCGUCACUUAACUCUGAAAUGUCGGCAGGGGACACAUGUCCGCCUGAACAUUUUGACGGCGGUUUCACAAAUGGAGCGUAUUGGUAUUCUGUAAAAGGAGGUAUGCAAGACUUUAAUUAUCUCCAUUCGAAUUGCUUUGAGGUAACAUUUGAGCUGUCCUGCUGUAAGUAUCCGCCUGCCGAAGAGUUGGCCAAGUAUUGGCAUAUGAACAAAAACGCUCUACUGACUUUUAUUGAGCAAACCAAUAUUGGCGCUCAGGGCACCGUGAUAAACGAUGAAGGGGAACCAGUUAAAAAUGCCGAAAUCAAAGUUGUGGGCAUCGAUCAUUCAAUACGUAGCACGGAGCAGGGUCACUUCUGGCGAAUGCUACUCCCUGGGCAAUACAAUUUUACUGCUGUCGUGCCAAACUAUUUGAGUUCGUACACAACUGUCACCGUUCCUGAAAACCAAACAUCUCCAGUGCUAGUGAACCUAACCGUACACCGUCAGUCUCGCUCCCUCACAGCGGAGCAUAUAAGACGUCCGCGUCACGACCUCGACGGUAUUUCCCCAGCGGACUUCGUUCACCACAACUACGUUACGAUGGAGAGCUUCCUCAAAGACCUUAAUAGCCAGUACCCGGAUAUUACCAAGUUGACCAGCAUCGGCAAGUCGGUGGAAAAUAGAGAACUCUACGUUUUGGAGGUGACUAAAGAUCCUGGAAAACAUAUACCAGGAAAACCUGAAUUUAAGUACGUUGCCAAUAUGCAUGGUAAUGAGGUCGUGGGCAGAGAGCUGCUCCUGCAGCUAGCCAAGUAUUUAUGUCAUCAAUACUACAGCGGAGAUGAACGUGUGCGGAAGAUGCUCAACACCACGCGAAUACACCUGAUGCCGAGUAUGAACCCUGAUGGAUAUGAGAGGGGAGAAGCCGGUGAUUACAGCAGUCUAAACGGAAGAGCUAACGCGAAUAAUGUAGAUUUGAACAGAAACUUUCCCGAUCAAUUUGGUGAGACUAAGGACAAUCUGAUUCCCGAGCCAGAAACGAAUGCAGUAAUGAACUGGUCAAUGUCGGAACCUUUUGUUUUAUCCGCCAAUCUGCACGGCGGUGCCCUAGUAGCCAACUAUCCUUACGACGCCAACUCUAACAUGAGAAGUGGGGAGGAGUUCCUCACUCCUGACAAUCCUGUGUUUGUGCACCUCGCACACGUCUAUUCCGAAGCUCAUCACAAAAUGCAUUUGGGUCAGCCGUGCAAGCAUUUGCCCAGAGAACAUUUCCCUGAGGGCAUCACUAACGGAGCUAAAUGGUAUGUGCUAGCCGGCGGUAUGCAAGACUGGAAUUACUUACAUACCAAUGAUAUGGAGAUCACCUUAGAAUUGGGUUGUUUCAAAUUCCCACCUGCUUCAGACCUGCCUACUUACUGGGAAGACAACAGAGAAGCGUUACUGGAGUACAUUGAAGAGGUCCACAAAGGAGUACACGGUUUCGUGAACAGUCACAUAGGACACCGGCUAAGUAAUGCUACAAUCACUGUAAAUGAUAUCCAGCACUCAAUUAAAACAGCUAAAGAUGGAGACUACUGGCGCCUUCUAGUUCCCGGCACUUAUAAUAUCACCGCUAGCAAGGAAGGUUAUGAGGCUAUAACAGAACAAGUGACUGUCCCGCCUGAAGGGUCCAUCAGCGUCAACUUCACACUAAUGCCGAGUGACAACCACCACUGGUCAUCCGCCUACGACUAUCGCGUUUUGGAAAACGUAAUUAACACUCGUUACCACACUCGCCUGGAGAUGUACGCGGCGCUGUCGGAGAUUGAAAACAGUCAACCGAGCAUAGCUGAGUUUAUGUCGGGUGACAGUAUGCGGACUGCUGUUUUCCAUCAACUCAAGAUGACUGACGAGGUGGGUUCACCCGAAGAGACCAAGUUCCACAUAGCAAUCACGAGCAGCUUCUAUGGAUCUCAGCCCUUAGGACAAGAGAUGCUUCUUAACUUUGCACGCCACAUGGCAGGCGCUUACGCCGUCGGCGAACCCAUCCUUAAAAAUUCCGUACUACACUUCAUACCGAACAUUGACGAACAUGCCGACAAAAUGAUCCGACAAUACGAUGGAACAGACAAAUGCAGCUUAGAAUCUCUGGAAGAAGAAUUUGGAGAUAGUCUCUAUAGCUAUCUUACUAAAAAAGAUUUGAAUCCUCUCACGAAUUACACGAGAGAAAAAGCAUUUAUAAACAUGUUAGAAGCUGAGAAAUACGACUUGUUACUCGAACUAUCUUCUGGGAGCGAGGAUUUAGCUUAUCCGGAACUAUGCAAGAAUAUGUUUGAACAGUACGCUCAGCGCUACCAAGAAAAUACAACUCCAAGCGAUAAAUACUCAUGUACGGUUCGUGCUCCGACCCACGGGGAUCUUAUCGAUGUGUUGUAUGAGAGGUUUAAUACGCCUGUGCUAUCGGCUGGGCUUAGCUGUUGUAAGAUGCCGGUCGAGUCAGAGAUAGGUUUCGUGUGGAGGAAUAAUCUGAAGGGGAUUAAAGACUUCGUCAAAUUGGCUAAUACAGGUGUGGUUGGAUUUGUGAGAAACGAAGAAGGGUUGCCGAUGCGAGACGCAAUUGUGGCCGUAACGGGCGUAGAACGGCAGUACCGCGUGACGAGCAACCUCGCGCACUAUAGAGUCAUGCUGCCGCCCGGCGUGUACCGCGUCAUUGUGCGGUGUCACAACUACCAGGACAGGAUCUUAACGUGGAACGUCGUAGAAGGCGUACUCAAGAGUAUAGACAUUGUAAUGCGACGUGUGAACGCUGACAGUAUCUCCGGCGGACAGUUUGAAGAGAUCAAGGUGGAAGACGACCCUAAUAUGGUUUACGUUAAAGGUCUAACAUUAGACCGCAACAGCAACCUUCUCCCAGCCGUGGAAGUGUCGCUCCGAGCCGUGGGCUCGAAGAGUGUGGUGGGCAAGAACGUGAGCGAUGCGAGCGGCCGGUUCGUGGUGGCGCUGCCUCUCGAGUACAAGGCCAAGGAGAUGGUGGCUACGGCCUCUGCGGACGGGUACAUCAAUUUGUCCAGACAUAUCGUAAUAAACGGCCAAGACAAAGUAACGCCGAACGUGCUGUUCCAUUUGGAUUUCGACGACCAAGUCCUCGGCAUGCCGCGACUCGUCUUUGUUAUGCUUGCAGGAGUGAUAGGGGUGGGAGUGGUGACAAUAUCGGCGUGGUGCUUCAGUUGCCGCGAGCGAGCGCGGGACUCGCGACGCCAGUACAUAUUCGCGCCCAUACCGUCCGACGACAAACGACCUCUGUGCGAAGAUAAUUCUGCAUACGAUGUUAUACGUAAGCCAUACUACGACGAUGAAGAGAUACCGCCUUCGGAGACCGACUCAGAGGAAGACAUCGUACUGCUUAGAUCUGAUAGGAGCUGA